UCUGCGGUGAAUAGGGUAGGCAAUGUCCAUGACCACAUAUAAAAUCAAAGCAGAAGAGUCAAAAUAAAGAAUUUUUCUAUAAGGGAGAGAGAGAGAAAGAGAUUGCAGGAUGACAUAUGGAGAAAAAUUGGAAAUUUUACAGCUUACUAGUAUCCCAUCUGGGACGGCAAUGACUUUAGGCACCCUCUAACUUCUAUAGGGAAAAUGACAGAAGAGAAUCAUGCUUUCCCUUUGAAACAACUUCUCGUAUCUCUGUCCUCUCACAUCCCAACUCCAACUUCACUCGGUCCUUAGCAGAAUCAUGCUUCAUCACCGGCGUGAAGUUGCCAAAAACCAGAUUUCUUCAUUCAAUCCUGCCUAUCAGAUACAUAGCAAUCGUGAUGGAACAGGGGAUAUUGAAUUUGAUUUCUGGAGGGCACGUAAAACCUGGUAUUAUGACACCUUGAGCAGCGUAGAUGGGUGUGAAAUUGAGUUUCAAGUUCAAGCAUGUGUGAAGGAAAGGUUUGGCGAUUGCUCCUCGCCGUUAUGGAGAGCCAAUAAGGUGACAGAUGCUUCUCCUCUGCUUCCAAACAACUAUUUUUACAGUAAUCUUUCCCCUGCAACACGAACACAAGCGAUCGAAGAAGGUAGAAAAGAGCUCAUGGAGAUGAUUCGUAACAUGCCCGAGUCUAGCUACGAGCUUUCUUUGAAAGAUAUGGUUGAUGAACAACACGCAUCAGAGGAGGUCAAAGGGAAAGCCAUUUCUGAAGAUGAAAACUUUUGUUCUGAAACAGAAGCUCAGACAAAGAAACAAAAGAAGAAGAAAAGGAAGAAAAGAAAGGCCGGUUCCAUAAGCAGAAGUGGAAGUAUGGAGGUUGAUAGUUUCUUAAUAAAGAUGUUUUUCCGAAGUUCUCUAAGUUUCAAGAAGAAAUCGAAGGCUGAAAAUAGCUCCAAGGUUUCCCCUAGUCCAUCGUCUGAGGGAUCUGGGAAGCCUGACGAAAAGCAACGGUGGCUUAAAAGGAUUUUCACCCGGAGGAAUCAUAAAAACAGAGAUGAUAAAAGCAGCAGCAAUAGCAUUGAUAGCAGCAACAGCACUACAAGCAGGCACGCUAACAAGACUUCUUUGCCGGCUUGCUGGCUAUUCUUCCUUUUCAAGAAAAGCAAACCCAAGAGACAGGAAGAAUUCAUUAUCUGAAAGAGAAUAAAGCUGUAGCAAAUCUGCUAUUACUAGCAGUAGAGACAACAGAACAGUCCUAACAAGAAGGAACGUCUCCUAUAUAGAAUGUCAUUAGCCUCAAGGGGACACCCCAUCCUUUAGAACUCAGUAUUUGAGACUCCAAGUUGAAGACCUCAGGUUCGAAUUUUGAGAUUGAAAGGAGAAAUUUGCCAAAUAGGAGAGGACUAUCCCUGUUGUAUGACCCAAAAUCAUAUCUUAGAAAAACAAUAAUAAUGUUUUUGACUUAUUUUUACUGCUUA